ACAAAAUAAAACCUUUACCCUGCUGGAGUCUGGUUAAAUUUGGGCUGACCAGAUACAGUAAUGGGCUAGCCCAGUUUAAUAUAAAGGCCUUGAUCCAUUCUGCGUUGACCCGACCGGCACUGCUUGGCUACCUGGCUUCAUCUGCUUCGCUGCCCGACUCUUUUGCCUCCUUUCAUCUGGUUCCUGUUCGAACACAGAAGCAGAUUGCUGAACGAAAAAGAUUUACCAGCGUUAGAAAGCAACCAAAAAAUAUAUAAACUAUCAUAAACUAAUUGUCUUUCCUUUGUAAGUAUAUAUGUUUUAUAUACUAUGUGCAAAAAACUAGGUAGCGCGCGCGAUUGAUCAUGAGUUCAUGGAGGCAGCUACAGAGGCUGGCGGACGGCCUCUCGCUGAUCGCCAAGGAGAUAGUGAAGCGCUCCCAGGCUAUUGAGAGUGCCCGAAACGGCGAUCCCGAAACCCUACUUGCUUCCUCCCUCAAGAGAGCCGUUGUUUUGGCCACCGAUAUUUCGGGCCUCACCAGCGGCAAGGUUCGCCAAUAUUCCAAACUUAGGCCAAAAGAAUCCUCUGUUGUGUACUUCAAUAAUGACAUUAGCAAUAGCAGUAACAACGAUUCCUCUGUGGUGACGGAUUCCCGAUCUUCUCGGGAAGAACCGGGUAGUAAUUUUGAAAGUAACUUUGGUACAGAGCGUAAUCAAGAGUCAGUUGUUGAUUCUCAAGUUUUGAGUAAUAAUCUUGGUGAUAAGGAUCUUAGUUUAGAGAGAGAAUGUGAGGUUAAGAAUUUGGGUGAUAAAGAUAAUAUUGACGAAGGCGGAGAGGCGCUGGCUCCAGCGCCGAUUCCAAUUCCAGUGAAGAGGCGAAAGCCGAGGGAGAGAAAAGUCCCGUCAACUCCAUUUUCCAGAGCGAUUGGGUUUGCUGGUCUAGGAGCUGGUCUUGCUUGGGGAACAAUUCAGGAAUCUGCCAAGCGGCUUGUCUAUGGUACACCAAACUCUCAAGAGAAGCAAUCUGCUCUUUCUCCAUUCUUAUCUGAAAAAAAUGCUGAACGGUUGGCCCUCGCUUUAUGUAGAAUGCGGGGGGCAGCACUCAAAUUAGGACAGAUGCUGAGCAUACAGGAUGAAUCUCUGGUUCCUGCUCCGAUCUUGGCUGCUCUAGAUAUUGUCCGUCAAGGUGCUGAUGUGAUGCCAAGGAGCCAGCUCAAUCAAGUUCUGGAUGCUGAACUAGGUCCUGAUUGGUCAUCAAAGUUGACUAGCUUUGACUAUGAACCAAUGGCUGCUGCUAGUAUCGGCCAGGUUCACCCAGCUGUCACGAAAGAUGGUAUGAAGGUUGCAAUGAAAAUUCAGUACCCCGGUGUUGCAGAUAGCAUUGAAAGUGACAUUGAGAAUGUCAAACUUCUAUUAGAUUAUACAAAUCUAAUUCCAAAAGGACUUUAUCUGGACAAAGCUAUGAAGGUGGCAAAAGAAGAAUUAGCUCGUGAAUGUGACUAUGAGUUGGAGGCUGCCAAUCAGAAACGGUUUCGUGAUCUACUUUCAAAUACAAAAGGGUUUUAUGUCCCAAUUGUUGUGGAUGAACUUUCAAGCAAAAGAGUUUUAACUACAGAACAUGUUUCCGGUAUAUGUAUAUAUAAUCUGAUUGUAUAAUUACUAUAUUUAGUCAUCACCCUAACAAAGUAUGGGGUUAGUUCCUGUAAAUUAGAAGAAAAAAUGAAUAUGUGGUUUCCUGUAUAUAUUAAUUUAAUAGUUCGACAUGCAUAGUAGUGAUUUAUUAUUCUGAAUAUGGGGCUCUCCCUUCUUAGACAGGUUAUGCACUUUUCUUUGGAAAAAAUAAGUUUGUGAA